UUCGGACGACAGAUGGCAGCACAGGACAAACAUGGAAGAUGAAAGUAACAGUUGGCGGGUUUUAAAUUGAAAAUUAUUAAAUUUAACACAUUUGUGGGAAGAUUAAGUAUCAAUAUUAAGAAGUGAAAGGUUCACGGAAUCAACAUGGGUAUUCUUAUCGCCAAGUUUCGUACUAAACCAUCCACAAUUGAUGUCUUGGAAAAGAUUGAAAAGGAUAUCACCAGCCUACAGAAGUUUCGACUACAUAACCAACAGCAACAGAAGAAAUUUAUUGGAUGCCUUAUUUUGUACUCUAUUGUUUUGUAUGUAAUGGCUGCCUUAGUGCUAUACUUCGUGUACUUCCCACCGGACUGGAAGAAUCGACUACUAUACUCUUCACCUCUGCUUGUAUUUCCUGUGUUAAUUUGGCUGAUAAAGAAAUUUCUUCAUUGGUAUUUCGUAAAGAGGAUAACUAAAAAUGAUCUUGCACUGAAUGAAUUACGAGAAAAAAGGAAACAAAUUUUGGAAGAGGUCAUGGAAAAAGAGACAUACAAAAAAGCCAGGGAAAUCCUACAGAAGUUUGAUCCUGCCAGAUUUAAAGAGUUGGAACCUCCUGUUCCAGCCACGCCCACAGUGUCCCCUCCAGGGUCUACGUUACGUCACAGAGGUAAUGCAUCAGGGGCGAGGGUAUCUCCCCAGGGGCCACAGAGACUUCCUGCUCCUUACACACCUAUACAGAGUGCCACUCCAGGUAUUAGACCAGGUUCACAGCUAGGCAUGACCCCAGGAAUGCGGCCCGGUGUAACACCUGGUCAGCGACCAGGCAUGACUCUAGGUGCAAACAGACCUAGUGCAGAGUGCACAAGUAUUCGUACACCACAGAUGUCCCGACAGGGUGGCUUGCGUCCACGCAUGCUUAUGACACCUAUGCACAAUGGCAGGACCCCCGGGCCUCCUCUGCCCCGACCUGUUCUGCCUCGGGAGAGGAGCACCACAGAUAGACUACUCGAGUACCUUGUAGGAGAUGGCCCUCAGAACAGGUUCGCUCUCAUCUGUCGAUACUGCCACAGUCACAACGGAAUGGCUCUCAAGGAGGAGUUUGAGUAUUUAAGCUUUCGAUGUUGCUAUUGCUACCAGAUGAACCUAGCUAAGAAACAGAAGCCUUAUGCUCCAAAACUAGACACUGUGACAGCAACAACUGGAGUUCGACCGUUACAAAAGCCUUCAGGAGCAGAUUUUUCAAAGCAUGAUGAUGAAGAAGAAGAGGAAAGUGAAGAAGAAGAUAGUGAAGAAAGCUCUGAGGAAGUAAAUGGUGAUGAUAUUGCCACAACCAGUCAGCAUAAUACAGAGUCAAGUUCUCAGGAAGGAGUAGCAGAGGCCAGGGGUCAGGCAGAGGCCAGGGGUCAAACAGAAGUUGGAGGUGAAGAACUAGAAAGUCUCACCAGUUCAACAGACAACAUUGAGGAAGAUAUGGAAGUAAAUGGAGUGCAUGUUUUAGAUGAAGAAGUGGGAGUAGAAUCAGAGAAUGGGGAGAAAGUUGAGGAAACUAAGAAAGUUGAGGAAACAAGAGUUGAUGAAAUCCCAAAGGCAGAGGCAGCGUCAGAGUAAAAUAGUUAUGUACUAAGUCAUUCAAUGAGGGCUAAAUGAGUGUAUGGGGGAGGUGGAGGGCACCUGUAAUUAACAUAUUGUGGGCAGUGGGGCUAAAUCCAGAUCUGCCUACCAUGCCCUAUAUUAGUCUGUUUUAAUACUUGUUGGGUGGUGGGGCCUCUGAAAAAGUGCCCCCCAUCCCUCCCAUACUGUUAAUUUUGGAAUAUCCAAAUAUUCAGCACCAAGUUAUUUCACGUUCUACUGCCUGAUAUAUUUGUAGGAUAUUUUACCAUACCCUUUACAGGCUAAACGUUCAAUACACACUGUCAAACUAGAGUCUGCCCUGUCUAAAUGUUAUCUACAUCGACCAAAUCCAGAACUCUGUAAACUGGCCAUGUUACCUAGUCCCAGUGCUGUACAGUUAAGAAGGUGAACUCUGUGAGAAAAAUUAUAAUAUUAUCUCACCAGCAAACAUAACUGAAAAUAAUUAAAGAAUAGAAAGCAGGAUAUAAUUUCGAGUCAAUAACAAGAAAAUGGUGAUUUGAUGUGUCAUCAAAAUCUGAUAACUGGAUGAAACGAAACUCGUGCAAGAAAAGAAAUUGUUUACACUGGUCCCAUUGGUUACACAGAUUACCGUUUGCUACACAGGUUACUGUUGGUUACACUGGUUCCCAUUGGUUACACAGUCCCCAUUGGUUUCAAAAGUUACCAUUGCUUACACAGAGGGGCCACGGUGGCGAAGUGGUGAAGGCAUCUGACAUUCUGCUACCACUAGCCCUCCACCACUUGUCCAUGGGUUCGAGGCCUACACGGAGCAGUCGCCAGGUUCUGGCCUUAGAUCAGGGUUUUUUCUCUUUCCUCCACCACCAAAACCUAGCGCUUCCUUAAAUGACCGUAGCUGUUAUUAGGACGUAAACAAAAACAAACCAUUGUUUGCACAGGUUACCAUUGGUUAUACAGGUACUUUUUGGGUCUUUGUUCUGCACCAUUGCUUCUGUUUUGAGUAGGGAGAACAGCAGGACACCAGGCAGUCAUGAUCAGGAUAAAGGUGUCUUAUCACUAUGUUCUUUCUUAGAUUUUUCACGCUGGUUCCGUUACUACAGUACUAUAUUGUACAGUACUAUUACCAUUACACCAUUAAU